AAAGAAAUAAAUAAUAUUUACAAAGUGAAUUAACUGGCAAAAAAUACAGUUCAAGUGUCCAACUGUAUAUAUAUAGCAAGAAAGUUGGUUUUGGUGCUUAGUUUUGCAACCAUGGCCACUCAUGCAGCUCUAGCUCCUUCAAGAAUCCCAGCCAGCACCAGACUUCCCUCCAAGAUCACCCACUCUUUUUCUUCUCAAUGCUUCUCCAGGAGGGUAGAAGUUGCUGAGUUUUCUGGGCUACGAGCCACUUCCUGCGCGGUCUAUGCUAAUGAGGCCUCCUUCUUUGAUUUGGUGGCUGCUCAAAUGACCCCCAAGGUUGCUGUGUCAACUCCUGCUAGAGCAGAAACAGUGGCCAAACUGAAGGUAGCAAUCAAUGGAUUUGGACGCAUUGGCAGGAACUUCCUAAGAUGCUGGCAUGGUCGUAAAGAUUCUCCCCUUGAAGUAGUUGUUGUCAAUGACAGUGGCGGUGUCAGGAAUGCUUCCCACUUGCUCAAGUAUGAUUCAAUGCUUGGAACUUUCAAAGCAGAUGUAAAAAUUGUGGAUAAUUCCACCAUCAGUGUUGAUGGCAAACUCAUCAAGGUUGUCGCCAACAGAGACCCUCUUCAGCUUCCGUGGGCUGAGCUUGGAAUUGACAUUGUCAUUGAGGGUACUGGAGUGUUUGUCGAUGGUCCUGGUGCUGGUAAACAUAUUCAAGCUGGAGCCAAGAAAGUCAUCAUUACAGCUCCAGCCAAAGGUGCUGACAUUCCGACAUAUGUCGUUGGAGUUAACGAAAAGGAUUACGACCAUGACGUAGCCAACAUUAUAAGCAAUGCUUCUUGCACCACAAACUGUCUGGCUCCUUUUGCGAAGGUCAUCGAUGAGGAGUUUGGUAUUGUCAAGGGAACAAUGACAACGACUCACUCCUACACCGGAGAUCAGAGGCUGUUGGAUGCUUCGCACCGUGACUUGAGGAGAGCUAGAGCUGCAGCACUGAACAUAGUACCAACAAGCACCGGUGCAGCCAAGGCAGUGUCUCUAGUGCUGCCCCAGCUCAAGGGAAAGCUCAAUGGAAUUGCACUUCGUGUACCAACACCAAACGUAUCAGUUGUUGACCUGGUCGUGAAUGUUGCGAACAAGGGCCUCACAGCAGAAGAUGUGAAUGCAGCCUUCAGAAAGGCUGCAGAUGGGCCAUUGAAGGGCAUUUUGGAUGUGUGUGAUACUCCUCUCGUGUCCUGUGAUUUCCGAUGCUCCGAUGUUUCGACAACCAUUGACUCCUCGUUGACUAUGGUCAUGGGAGAUGACAUGGUCAAGGUUGUUGCUUGGUAUGACAAUGAAUGGGGAUACAGCCAAAGAGUUGUUGAUUUGGCUCAUCUGGUAGCAGCCAAGUGGCCCGGCGCAAGUGCAGCAGGAAGUGGUGGCUCAUUGGAUGAGUACUGCGAGACUAACCCAGCCGAUAAGGAGUGCAAAGUUUUCGAAUCUUAAGUGAUGGUGAUGAUUCAUCACAAACAUUUUUCGAUUUUUUUUGUUAAUCUCUUUGUCGGGAUCAAGAUUUUACAAAACUUGAAUGCUUAUCUAUCUCGUAUGAUAUCUAAUUAUGAAAGAGGAUCAUAUUUGUUGGAAUAAAUUUAAUCAUCCGAAAUUGUAGUCAAAUAUAUUCAAUCAUCUGAAAUUGUAAUGGAAUAUAAUUUCUGUUA